AUGAUCGCGCAACCAUUGUUUCGCGCGGCGGAAGGUUGUUGCACGCUCUCGGCCCGACGCUUUUUCGCGCGGACGGCGCCUAGAGCGAGUACGGCGCGGUCGCCGUCGAUAAGUCGUCAGCCGGGCCGCGCCGUUAUCGCGCUUAAUCGCGCGCCCCCCGCUCGGAAGCGUAGCCUCCAUAUUGGGCGCUCGAGUUGUGCGCGAGUGCGCCGGCUAUUUUUAGUGGUUAUAAUACUGGCCGCGAAGCAUCUGCCUCCACGGCUGCACCUGUCCUCCCGCUCCGCUGCUAAUUUACACUCGUACGCCGUAACGAAACUGGUCGUAAACUAUAGGAAACGUUCGAGAAGGCCGUCGAGCCGCGUGCGGCUCGAAGGCACUUUCUCGCUGAUAGUCGAAGCGUGGCACGACACGAACGAAACGUCAAGAUCCGAUGAUACCCUUAUUGCGCGUAUGACGAAGCAGAGCAUUGCCGACGUCGGCGGCCCGUGGGUCGAAGAGGAGCAGCGGUGGGGCGGUCCAGGCGGCGCCCACUUGAGGCUCUCCUACCGGGUCACGUGCGCCGCCCACUACUACGGCCCCGGCUGCGAGGUCUUCUGCCGGCCGAGGAACGACUCCUUCGGCCACUACACCUGCUCGCCCGCCGGCGAGAUCGUCUGCCGCCCGGGGUGGACCGGCGACUACUGCUCCAAACCUCGCUGCCUGCCCGGCUGCGACUCGGAGCACGGCCAUUGCCUCAGGCCCGACGAAUGCAUCUGUCACUCGGGCUGGGUGGGCGAGCUGUGCGACCAGUGCGAGCGGCACCCGGGCUGCGUCCACGGCACCUGCUCCAAGCCGUGGGACUGCAUCUGCGAGGAGGGCUGGGGCGGCCUCUUCUGCAACCAGGACCUGAACUACUGCACGAACCACCGGCCGUGCAGGAAUGGCGGCACCUGCCACAACACCGGCCAGGGCAGCUACACCUGCGUGUGCCCCGCCGAGUACACGGGCCCCGACUGCGAGAAGUCGCGGCACUCGUGCGCCGUGCGGCCCUGCCUCAACGGCGGCGCGUGCGUGCCCGACGAGGGCGGCGAGCUCUCCUGCGCCUGCCCCGCGGGCUACGAGGGCGCGCGCUGCGAGACGCGGCGGCAGACGUGCGCCGACCAGCCGUGCCGCAACGGGGGCUCGUGCGAGCCGCGGCCCGCCGGCUUCGCGUGCGCCUGCCCCGCCGGCUACGCGGGCCCGGACUGCGCGCUCGAGGCCGACCCCUGCGCCGCCGGGCCCCUGCCGCAACGGCGCCACCUGCUCGCGCGCCGGCGACGGCUUCCACACGGCGGCACCUGCGUCGACCUGAUGAACGGCCAGCGGUGCCAGUGCGCGCCCGGCUUCCUGGGCGCCCGCUGCGAGACCCGCGUCGACCUCUGCCUCGCGAAGCCGUGCGCCAACGGCGGCGAGUGCCUCGUGCUCGACAACGACUACGAGUGCCGCUGCCGGGCCGGCUUCGCGGGCAAGGACUGCAGCGUGGACGUGGACGAGUGCGCCUCGUCGCCGUGCCGCAACGGGGGCACGUGCCGCGACCGGGUGGACGGCUACGCGUGCCUCUGCCCGCGCGGCUGGAGCGGCCGCCUGUGCACCGUGUCGCUGGCGGACCUGGCCGCGGCCAAGCCUGCGGGCGGCCACCUGCGGCGCGUGGGCGGCGAGGCGGGCGACGCGGCGCAGGGGGGGGCGGAGCGGCUGUCGCGCGGCCACGUGGCGCUGAUCGCGGCCGCCUCGGCGCUGGUGCCGCUGCUGGCGCUGGCGGCGGGCGCGGCGCUGUGCGUGCGCAGGCGGCGGGCGGCGCGCGCGGCCGACGCGGAGGCGCGCGCGCAGAACGCGGCCAACGCGGGCGGACGCGUGAUACGCAACACGUGGGGCAAGUGCGACGCGCCCGCAGAGUGCCAGAACGCGCACAACGCGGCCGCAGAGGAGUGCAAGCGCAAGACGCUCAACACGGAGAGCGCCGCGCGGCUGCUGGCCGCCCUCGACCCGAGGCUGUCGCGGCUCUCCGCGGACUCCGCUUACUGCGCCAACAGCGAUACAUCGCUGGUGAAGCGGGCGCUAGAAGGCGGGGGGGUGUACGUGCUGGACGACCAUUGCCUGCCGCCGACGUUCGCCACACAAGUG